AUGUUUGCGCUGGUCAACGGAGUCGCUUCUUCACUGACUAUCUUCCAGGCUUGCGCCUCAUUCUACGUCGGAGCCGUGCUUCUUUCCCAGGAUAAAACCACUGUUCUUGCAGUGUUUCGGACUUACUCUGCCUACAGCUUUGGCAGCCAGGCCUUGGGACGUGUGGCAUCCCUGGCGCCAGAGUUUAGGAAAGCCUCACAUAACGUUAAGUUGGUUUUCGCCACUCUCGAUCGAAAGACAAAAUCUGACGCUAACGAGGGCGAGUUUCUCAAGGAGGCGUUUGAUGGUCGCAUAGAGUUUCGCAACAUCUACUUUCGCUAUCCCACUCGACCUAACACACGCAUUCUACAGCGUUUUAGUCACACAGUUGAGGCAAAUCAGUCUGUGGCACUGGUAGGCCAAUCAGGAUGCGGCAAAUCGACUCUUCUCCAGUUGGUUCAACGUUUCUAUGACGUCUCUGAACACGGUCCUGAGAGUGGGAUUUUCAUCAAUGGACGCGAUAUGCGCACCCUCGCUCCCAACUGGAUCCGUCGGCAAAUUGGCGUUGUCUCGCAAGAGCCCAAUCUGUUUGAUCUAAGCAUUAGGGACAAUAUCGCCUAUGGAGAUAACUCAAGAGUGGUUUCCAUGGAAGAGAUUAUCGCUGCUGCAAAGGAGGCCAACGCCAAUUCAUUUAUUGAGACUCUACCUGAAGUGAGUUCUUGUGACUUUGAUUAA